GCAAAUAUAUCUGUAAUGGAUCUCUCAAGUAUUUUAAAAGAUCCGGAAAAUUCUUAUCCUAUAAUUAAUGGCUCAGAUGACGAUAUUACAUCAUCUAUUUUAAAUGAUCCGAGAAAUUCUUAUCCUAUAAUUAAUGGCUCAGAUGACGAUAUUAUAUCAUCUUCUGGAAAUAGCGAAGUACAGUCACAAGACUCACCAGCGACUACGUUAUCUACAUGUGAAUCAGAUAACAACAAAACUGUUAAUAUGAAAUCAAUGAGUAGUAUGCCUUUUGAAUCGACAGCCAAAGGAAGAAAGUAUAUUAACCAUGAUCUAGCAGACGAGGUAUCAAAAAGUCCUUUAUCCAUUGGUAUCAUUGAUAUUCACAAUGUCGAAUGUCUUAAAUAUCUGCCUCAAAUGUUCAAGGAAUAUAUAGCAGAUCAAGUGCAAGGUACUGACGAUUCCAUAUAUUUUUCAGAAGGGAAUGUUAUCAAUAAAUUUUUAGUAGAUUGUGAAGAGGAAGUUUUAAAGUACCUAGAAAAGUUUGAUAGCAUUGAUAGUUUAAGGUCAUUAGAGGAGUGUUUAGAUAUAAAUCGAAUCAAUCAUUCUACCUCAUCAAAUGAUCUCAUUUAUGCUGAAAACCUCUUUCUUCAUUUCCUGUUCUUAUACAAAAAUGAUGUACUUACACAAUCUCUAAUGGAAGCUGAAUUUAACGCAUAUGUCUGGACACCAAUGCUUAAAAAUGCUUUCCUUGGAAAGACUGAUUUGAGAUUAAAAUGUGGAGAAGUAGCGUCCAAGUCAUAUGAUAAAUUGAAAGAAAUUUUAAAUAUU